AAUAAAGAAAAAAAAGAGUAAAUAAUUAGGAAAUUUUUAUUUAAUUAUAAGUUUAUUUUAAAUUAUAAAUCUAAACAGUACUAAACGCUGUUAAAACUCUAGCAAACUAAAAAAGUAGCUAAAUAAAAAAGAAUGGAUUUAAUAUUAAAUGAAUAAUAAGAAGAUAAAGCAAUAUUAGACAUAUAUGAAGAUGUAAAAAAUGUAAUUGAGUGGAGUGAUAAAUAAUUUUUGUAAAGGAUACCAGCUUUCAAGAUUUUUUAAAAUUAAGUUUUAAUUGAUUAUGAAAACGGUGACGAAAUUGAGGACGAAGAAUUUGAUGAUAAGACUCAUAUAAAUGUAUAAAAAUCUUCAAUACUAAGUCCAGAUGUAAAAACAACUAAAACUCACAAAACAAAUAAAACACUACAUACAAACAAAACUAAUAAGACAAAUAGAUCGAAUGUUUCUCAAUAAAAUUAAGAAUCCUUUACAUCAGUUGAUAAGCAAUCUUUUUUUAAUUAGACUGAUAACGAGUAACCUCCAUCGAUUGUCGAAAACAUGAAAAAGUAGUAGAAAAUUUCUAAAGAUUCUAGAUUAUAUAUGGCAUAGAAUAGAAACUCAUUUAAAGAAAGUAGAGACAACCAAAGAAGAAUAUCCGAGGUUUUAGCAGAAGAUUACCAGUAAAGCUAGAAAAGCAUUAUGCAUAGAUCUGUUAAUGAAUCUAUUCCUAUGUCUUCUACUAUUCUUUAAAGCUUUUUUAGAUUAGGAAGUAGUUAAAAAGAUAUCUAAGUUUAUUAGCCUUAAUCUAGUAAAAAUUUAGUUUUUAAUAAGUAAAAUUCUUUAUCCAGUUCUUAAGUCAUGAUGUUAUAAGGAGGAAGAGCUAUUAGAAAAUCUGAUAAUUCAGGAAUAAUUGAUAGUACUCAAUUAAUUUCAAUGAAAAACAAACAUGAAAUAGAAAAAAGGAAUAGUCUAUUAAUUUAGUACAACACAAAUGCUUAUGAAAGUAAAGUUUAUCCUUCUAAUAAAAAGAUAGUAGUAUAAGAAUAGUAAAAUAUAUGUAAUUACUAAAAUAACAUGAAUACUUUCGAGAAUGAAUUUGAUAGCUUUAAAGAAUUUAGGAUAUUCUACCCUGAACAUAACCUUUCUAGAGUUAUUCAUAAUCUUAAUAUAAAAAAGGUUGAUUGA